CCCUUCCGAGCGAGUACCGCUGCUCUGGUGCCGCACGGCGCCGGCAGGCGUGGCUUUUGCCAGGCAUGCUGGGACUGGGAGUCUUCCCGCUCCACUUCCCGUUUGCCAUGGCCGCGGGUUUUGAGAGGGAACGUGUGCGUUGUCUGUGUGUGCGGGCGGGUCUCGGUGUCUGAAUUAGUUUGCAUGGAGUGAACGUUGUUGGAGAUGCUUUGUAAAACCUCUUAAAAUGGUCACAACAUCGGUAAUUGUUUCUUGUCUGGAAUUUAUAGGGGGUUUUAUUAUAUAAGUUAAACAGGUGGUGGAGAAAUAAGAAACAAAAUGAAACCUUUCCAAGGUGUUUGUCUUUUCAAGAGCCUGCUUGCCAAUUGCUACUGUCAUGGUCGACUUCACAGCUGUCUUUUACCUCCUUUUGUAAAGAAGAUAGGUUAUGUGGUGGGACUGCACAAUGGUGGAUUUUGGAGGCCAAAAUCUUUCUUGGACACAGGUGGAUUCGCACUGUCUUUUAACACUCAGCUUAGGAAAAAACAUCAGGAUUCUCGCGCUUUGUGGAAGCGUGAGUCUGUGCAGAAGUAUCUGGAGACACUAAGCAAGGAAUACCAGCAGGUUAGUGACCGGUUAAAUGCAAACUCAAUAACUGACUUUGAGCAAAGAACCCUAAGGAGAAGACAAGCCGAUCUGUCCCCCAUUGCAGCUGCAUUUCAGGAAAUCAAAGAGGCUGAAGGAGAAGUUCAGGAGUUAGAAGCAAUGUGCAGAGAGCUAGAGAGCAGAGAUGAGAAACAACUUCUAGAGCUUGCCUUAGAAGAGAAGGAAACGGUGGAUAAAAGAAUCAACACGUUGUGCAGAAAGCUUUUCCAGCUCCUAGUGCCAAAGGAAAAAUAUGAUAGAAGUCAUGUCAUAUUAGAAGUGACUGCUGGCAGAACAACUGGAGGAGACAUCUGCCAGCAGUUCACCAAAGAAAUGUUUGAGAUGUACCAGAACUAUGCUGACUACAAACGCUGGACGUUUGACAUUGUGAACUAUACGCCGGCUGAGAUCGGUGGGUUGCAUCAUGCUGCUGCUCAUAUUUCAGGAGAUGAUGUCUACAGGCAUCUGAAAUAUGAAGGAGGGACUCAUCGAGUCCAGCGAAUCCCUGAGACGGGUCUGUCAUCAAGAAUGCAGCGUAUUCACACUGGGACAAUGUCUGUUAUUGUCCUCCCUCAGCCAGAGGAGGUCGAUAUUAAAGUGGAUCCCAAAGAUUUGCAUAUAGAUACAUUCAGGGCCAAAGGAGCAGGAGGGCAACACGUUAACAAAACUGACAGUGCUGUGAGAAUUGUACACCUCCCCACAGGACUGUCGGUUGAGUGCCAGCAGGAGCGGUCACAGCAGAUAAACAAGGAAAUAGCUCUGCGGACACUGAGAGCUAAGCUGUACCAGCAGGUCAUUGAAAAACAACUAAGUCAAGAGCAGAGUGCCAGAAAACUGCAGUUGGGAACAAGAGCCCAGUCAGAGAGAAUUCGAACUUAUAACUUCACCCAGGACAGAGUCACUGACCACAGGAUCCCGUAUGAUGCACGCAAUAUCAAGGAAAUUUUAAGUGGGAAAGAAGCACUGGAUAGGCUUAUCAACGAAGUCCUGGAGUUUGCAGAGAUAGAGGCUGUCACCGAGUAUCUGGAAAAUUUGCAGGCCUUGGAAGGAGGAGGCUGCUGAAGACCUUGUGUAGAGUUAAAGUAGGAAUGUUGUGUUCAGUAACAAUAUAAAAUGGAUGCAUUUGUUAGAGUCAUUAAAAUCUAUGCCUCUGUUUUUCAGUGUGUGAUCCUGCACUUUCACGUAUUUUGGUGCAAAUACAAAUGUGUUACAGCAGCCAUAGGAGAACCAAACGAGCUUGGAGUACUUUGUGCACAGACCUUCUGUCUUGGCAGUGUGGCUUUGUUGAGAUGGUCCUUCUCAUGUCGAUGUUGCAGCUGGAAAGACAGAGAAUCAUGGUGGUGGAUCAGAAGAAAUAGCGCACAGUGCAAGAUUUGUUUGGGGGAUGGGAGAUGCUCCUCUCCGGGUGAAAGAACGCAAGCUC